GCUCUCAUGGGUGCCUGGUGUUGGGCCAGUAUAAAACCAUGACCGUUGUUCAUACCCUGGUCUGAACUCAGUCUAAUUCUGAGAGUAAGACACCUGAAUGCUGGCAAACUCAUUCAUUCUCUUAAUGUUGUUAGAUUUCCAGUCAUCUUUCAAUCAGCUCCCACUCCUUUUACCUUCAGUGGGUCUAUGUAUGUUUUGGUGGAGGGAUUGAGAGACACAGACCAUGGCUAUGCAAGUAAAACCAUUUAUUACAAUAGUUCACCAAUAUUUAGAGGUCUCUAAGUUCCAUACAAAAUUUUCCACUCAGACUCCUUUGCCCCUGUUCCCUUAGUAACACAAUCUUCUCAGUUAUCACUCUUUCGCCAGCAAUGUCCUUGUUACUCUGUUUUGCCAGAGCAGUCAGAGUGACCAGACAGGAUGUCUUCACUUUUGUCCUUGCUUGAGUUUAUCUCUCCCAAGGCCAAGAGGAUGGUGGCACUACCCAGUUCAGCUUCUGUGGCUGUCUGAUCUUCCACAUCUCCCCCCUUUUUUUGUUUUUAAUGUAAAGGGUUUCUAUACCCUGAUCUUAAAACAGUUUGCACCUGUAAGGCCAUUAUCUUAUUAAGGCUAUUACUGGUUAUCUAUCUAUAUUACCUGGAAUACAGAUCACAAUCAGACAAAACUUAUCAAAUACAAUUAUGUCACUGCCAAAGAGACUCAAAUAGGAGAACAAAAGGAUAAUGUCAAGCUGGGAAGUGGAAAUAAAUGGCUACUGUUCUAAAGUUCAUAUGGUUGGAGUUCAGGGGCCAUGCUGUUUAGGCAGGAGGAAUGUUAACAUUACUGAAACUGAACUGAUCUUAAUAGAGCAUAAAAUAACAGACCUUAAAUUGAAUAACCUAAAUUUAACUUUGUUUAAGCUUAUCAGCACAUAAACUUGAUAGAAGUUAAUUUGAACAAAAAUUAAUCUUAACAGAAAUUAACUUAAUGGUACUUAACCUUAAUGGCAUCAUAAUUUGGCAGAACUUAAGUGCAACAGAACUUCAAUUUAACAGAAGGUAAACUUAACAUCACUUAAAUUUAACAGAACUGAAUUUUACUAUUACUUAAACUGUAUUAAAUUGAAACAUAACAGAAUUGAAAAUUAAUAUAACUUAAAUAUGACAAAAAUAAUUUAGACUUUAUUAUUACAAAAAAGUUACUGAAAGUCUGUCAUACAACAGUUAGACAUCAAGGAACAACACGUAGAUAAACAACUGUUCCGUGACCAAAAUAGCAGCAACAUGGAUUUACUGAAGGGAUUAAACUGCUGCAGAUCAAAUUCAAAUUCACUAUAUGACUUAGUUAAUGACUGUCAGUGAAUCACCUCUCUAGUAAACAAUCCUGUUAAAAAUCAGAGCUCCCUGAAAAUACAAGGGUGAUUUUAACAAACGUAUUUCAAUGCAUCCUGCAGGCACUGUAACUGUAGCUUCAGUACUUCGUGCAGGGCUUGAUCCUGCUGUGCAGGAGCUGAUGGGCGGCUCUCGGACCAGGUCAGCACUGCUACCCGGGUGCGGGAGGAGGCGGGAGAGCUCUGACAGGCCGGGAGGGCUUUCAAGCCUAGGGGGCUAACACCAGCCAUGGGGCCAACCGUGGGCAGAGGGAGCUCCAAGGGGGCUCCACUACUGCCAGCAACACCGCGCACCAAAUUGAGGAUCCAUCUCUUCUGUGGAUUUGUUCUCAGGAUCUGUGUCCUGGAUCCGUGCCCAUCAUUAUCAGUAUCUUUCUUAGUACUCCUGUUGCAACUGCUUACAGGAGUUUUUUAAUCUCGAGGUCUCUUUCAUUUAGGAAAGAGGUACAGGGUGUUUAACCCAUAAUGACAGUGGCUCCAAUAUGGAGAAAUUCCUGUAAUUGUAAGUUGCACUGACACUACCAGAACAUCUCCCCAGUACUCACCAUUCCAUGGUUUUUCGUCCAACAAGCACCACUGAUCUAACUUAAUCAGCUGUGCCGGCAUCUUGCUUUCCAUUGGAUUGUGACUCACAAAGAAAGAUCCAGGUGUCAUGUAUUGUGGGCAGAAGGGGAUGUUAAAAGCUCCUCUGCAGAGUCCUUGUCUGUUGCUGCGGGGGCACUGGGAGACGAUUCUUUCCUGCACCCUCCUGAGCUUAAAGAUUUUCUAAAGCAGCUCUCCAGAGAGGGACAAAACCAGCUGGGAUCUUAUCACCUCUCAUUGCCCUGUUCAUCCCACAGUUCCACUAGGAAAGCCAUGCUGGCCUUUAACCCUUUAAUGUAUGAUUCUGCCCAGUGUAAAAUCACCUUAAGAGAAUGAGAAGCAGAUGUUUUUCUGGGCUUCUCUAAAAGUUUAGACAUAAGUUCAAAGACAUGUUUUACUUCUGAAGACAUAUUCCCCACAGCUCACCAUCAAAACCUGAAGGGAUGGAUGCCAGCUGGCUCCUGCUCCCUUCCAGCAGCACUUCAGUUCUGUGGGGCAUCCCCAGAAUGGCCAGAUAGGCAAAUUGUCAUUCCUCAUAUGGGACACCAUUCCCAGGGAUUGAGGGACACGGACCAUGCUAUACAAGCAAAGCUCUUUGUUGCAUCAGUUUACCAGAUUUAUAAAUCACUAAAUUGUGUCCAAAAUUUUCCACUCAGACUCCUUUGCCCCUGUUCCCUUAGUAACACAAUCUUCUCAGUUAUCAUUCUUUCGCCAGCAAUGUCCUUGUUACUUUCUUUUGCCAGAGCGGUCAGAGCGUCCAGACAGGAUGUCUUAACUCUUGUCCUAGCCUCUUAUCCUUGGGAGUUUAUCUCUCCCAAGGCCAAGAGGAUGGUGGCACUACCCAGUUCAGCUUCUGCAGCUGUCUGAUUUUCCACGUUUUGGAAUACUUUUGAUAAAGUAUCUUUGUUUAUGUGAUAGGAAAGAGUGCAGUUCUGGAUUUGGGUGCACUGCUCAUGAACCACUUGGUUUAUGAUGGAGUAUAAUCAUUGUGAAAAAGUAUUUUAUCUUCAGCUGUUGGGUUAUUGAGGAAAAAAAACAAACCAAAUAAUGAUACUGAUCUAUCUACCCAAAUAAUAACUGAUAGCUUUGAUCCAUGUGAAUUUUGACACCUGCUAAAGGAACUCUGUCAUACUGCUGGUGCAUAAAUAGGCGGUGAAGAGACCACAGCCUUACACUGAAGGCACCAUGCGGAUCCUUCUCCUCCUCCUCGCAGCUGCAGGGCUUUGCUGGGGGCAGUACAACCCCAACACUCUCCCAAAGAGAACCUCUAUUGUGCAUCUCUUUGAAUGGCGCUGGAAGGAUAUUGCUGAGGAGUGUGAGCGCUACUUAGCUCCACAUGGAUUUGGAGGAGUUCAGGUUUCACCUCCAAAUGAAAAUAUUGUCAUUACUAACCCGAACAGACCCUGGUGGGAAAGAUACCAGCCCAUUAGCUACAAGAUCUGUACUCGAUCAGGAAAUGAAGAUGAAUUCAGAGACAUGGUGAAGAGGUGCAAUGAUGUUGGAGUUCGUAUCUAUGUGGAUGCUGUUGUCAACCAUAUGUGUGGGGCUGCAGGUGGCUCAGGCACACAUUCUACCUGUGGAAGCUAUUUUAAUGCUGGAAACAGAGAUUUUCCAGCUGUCCCAUACUCUGGCUGGGAUUUCAAUGACGGCAGAUGUCACACCGGAAGUGGAGAAAUUGAAAGUUAUCAUGAUAUCUAUCAGGUCCGGGACUGCCGCGUGACCGGCCUUCUGGAUCUGGCCAUGGAGAAGGACUAUGUGCGCUCAAAGGUUGCAGAGUACAUGAACCAUCUCAUUGACAUUGGUGUAGCAGGAUUCCGAAUUGAUGCUGCCAAGCACAUGUGGCCUGGGGACAUCAGAGCUUUUCUGGACAAGCUGCAUGAUCUAAACACUCAAUGGUUUUCUGCAGGAACUAAACCUUUCAUUUAUCAGGAGGUAAUUGACUUGGGUACAGAGCCCAUCAAAGGCAGUGAGUACUUUGGAAAUGGCCGAGUGACAGAAUUCAAGUACGGUGCCAAGCUGGGGACAGUGCUCCGCAAGUGGAACGGAGAAAAGAUGGCCUACUUAAAGAACUGGGGAGAAGGCUGGGGCUUUGUGCCUUCCGACAGAGCCCUGGUCUUUGUGGAUAAUCACGACAACCAGAGAGGACACGGCGCUGGUGGAGCUUCCAUUCUGACCUUCUGGGAUGCCAGGCUCUAUAAAAUGGCAGUUGGUUUCAUGCUUGCCCAUCCGUACGGCUUCACACGUGUGAUGUCAAGUUUUCGCUGGCCAAGAUAUUUUGAAAAUGGAAAGGACGUCAAUGACUGGUAUGGCCCCCCAAGUUACUCAGAUGGCUCCAUAAAGCCCGUUACAAUCAAUCCGGACACGACCUGCGGCAACGACUGGGUUUGUGAACAUCGCUGGCGUCAGAUCAGGAACAUGGUUAUCUUCCGUAACGUGGUGGAUGGUGAGCCUUUCUCCAACUGGUGGGACAAUGGCAGCAAUCAAGUGGCUUUUGGCCGUGGGAAUAAAGGCUUCAUCAUCUUCAAUAAUGAUGACUGGAAUAUGAAUGUCAAUGUGCAAACUGGACUGCCUGCUGGUACCUACUGUGAUGUUAUUUCUGGACAAAAGGAGAACAACAGCUGUACUGGAAAGCAGGUGUUUGUUUCUGGUGAUGGAAUGGCUAAUUUCCAGAUUAAUACUGAUGUUGAAGAUCCAUUUAUUGCAAUUCAUGUUGAUGCCAAGUUAUAAUUCAGGAGAAAUAGCCUCCUCUCUUUGAUCUGUUCUCCCAUAUGUUGUUCUCUGCUUUUUGAGCAUGAGUGACUCUCUAUUGAAUAAUAAAU